CAAUACAUCAGCAAUCCAGGGUGUAUCAGGGGAGAUUGUAGAAGAGAGUGCGGGGCGAAGGGGCGGAGAGGGUGUUUUCGUUUGGCUGUAACAUGAUACCAGUAACGGGAACACAGCUAUGGGACAGUAGACAUAUCGUUGAUUUCAUGCAUUUCGGCGGUAACGCUAUCUGGUUCAGUGCUAGGACGACUAUCAAAAAAGGAUGGGUGGCGCAGAACAAAUGAAUGAAGGCGAAUGAUUUUGGAAAAACUAGCAGCAGCAAUUGACAGAGAAGUUGCGCAGGCUACAUAGCCUAGGGCUAUCAGAAUAGCCUAGUAAACCGUUUUGCAUGGAGAUGCAUUCACGUCAACAGCAUCAUGAAGAAGGUGACAUAUGGUGUUUAUGUUUGUGUCGUGUCUACGUUCCUUCUUUGUCUAAGAUAACACAGUGACACGGCGUUCACAGCAAGAUUUGUAGACGCAUAAAAUAAUUUCAAAGAAUCACUUCAUCGCGGACCUCAGCUUGGAGGAUUGGCCUAUUUUUACGGUAGGGCGGGGGUGAAAAAUCCUGUAGUACGCUAGUUGAAGUUGACCCCUCAGAAUACCGGGAACAUUUUCAGUGGAAUGUAUUGCUCAUUUAACUCAAACAAAAUGAUGAAUUCGAUGGUCUUUGCUGAGGCUUUGCCAUCUUCGGGUGCCUCUGCCUUCCCAGUAGGAGCGCCAGCCUCUGGUGCUAGGGUGUCUAGUGCCCUACGGAACGAUUUGGGUUCCAACAUUCAUGCCUUGAAAACCCUUAACCUGCGAUUUCGAUGUUUCCUAGCUAAAGUUCAUGAAUUGGAGCGUAGAAACAAGUUGUUAGAAAAUCAACUACAGCAAGCUUUAGAGCAAUCCCGCUACAGAGCCUACUUUAGCCGAGAACAAGCCACCCAAACGGGCUAUUUGGACUUUUUUCUGGCUCGGCCACGGGUACCCGGUACGAUAUGGAGCUUUACCCACACAAGGAGGUUUGGGGACCGAAUCGAGACUAUCCACAGCCCCGGGGUGUCAUGGAUGCAGCCGGAUGGUGUUGGAAUUCAAGUCGACACCGUCACCCCUGAACUGCGAGCCCUUUACAAUGUGUUGGCUAAAGUCAAAAGAGAUAGAGAUGAGUACAGAAAAAAAUGGGAGGAGGAGCUGUCUAAGCGCCAGCAGAUGGAGGCCAUGGUGGAGACACUACAGGAGAGUGCCCAGGAGUCUGAAGUGGUUCAGGGGCAGCUCACUGAGAAGGUGGAGAGACUCAAGACAGAGCUGGUGGUCUUCAAGAGCCUCAUGACUGACAAUAAACACCCAACCAACUUUAAAUUGUGCGGACUGGUUCAACUUACUGAAAUGUCGGACUUGGACACUGCGAUCCAGAAGAAGGCCAUGAAGGUGGACAUGGACAUCUGCAGACGCAUUGACAUCACGGCCAAGCUUUGUGACGUGGCUCAGCAACGCAACUCAGAAGACAUGAGCAAGAUGUUCAACAUGAGCCCACACAUGAGCCCCUCCAGAGCACCCCCAGAGAGCAAAGGGGCUGCAUCUUGCAGGAGGAAAGAGCGUAAGGCUGUCUACGAGGAGAGGAGUCCUGAGAUUGAAAGUGAGUCUGGUGGUGGAGAGGAGGAUGAAGAGGAGGAGAAGGAGCAGGUCGUAGAGUCACUCAACAUCACAGACGAGAUGAAACGCAUGCUCAAUCAGUUAACUUGCUCAGAUGAUAAUUCCUUUGUCAGCAGGAGAGAGACGUUUGACUUUGAUGACGACUGUGACAGCCUAACUUGGGAGGAGAAUGAGGAGACACUGCUCCUCUGGGAGGACUUUGCCAACUACAACACCCCCUGUGCUGCAGCCAGUGCUGCUGCAGCAGAAGGACAGGGGGAGGGCCCUGGGCAGGCCUCUCAGGAUGGCAGUUUGGGCAGCCUGAUCGACGAGACCGAGAUGCUUUUCCAGAACCGAGAGAAGGAGUACCAGGAGACCAUGGGUCAAAUAGAGUAUGAGUUGGCUACAGCUAAGAGUGAUAUGAACCGUCACCUACAGGAGUACAUGGAGAUGUGUUCUAUGAAGAGAGGCCUGGAUGUUCAGAUGGAGACCUGCAGGAGACUCAUCAAGGGCUCAGGGGGCACCGGCAGGAACUCUCCAUCGUUCAGCUCGGUAGCGAGCAGCGACUCAGGGAACAGUGAUGAGAUCCAGGAGGAGCUGGAGAAGGACGGAGAGGCAGUAGGAGCUGACCCUUGACCCUCCGGCCCCUGGCUACCCCACCACCUGACCCGGGGAAGAUGAUGGAGGAAAUGCCUUUGUUCCUCAAUGCUGUGGUCCCCCUUUUCUUCAGCUGGUUUCCAGUUGAUCUAAGAGGAGCCCUGUGGAAACUAUUGGUGCUUCACCGGUUUACCCAUAUAGGGAUGAACUUGUAUUCCACAAUAAGGUGCAGUGUUGGUUCCUCCUCACUGAUCCUCAUUGGCCUACCACUGAUCAGAGCGGUCACUCCUACUAAACACAAGUAUCUCCACACACACUCAACUUACUGUACGCCUAUGGUCAUUUUACUGUGUAUUCACCCCAGUAUUCAUCCUAACCAUGUUAAGAUCAAGGAAACCGGACAUAUUCAGCCAUUAGUGAUCUAGCAAAGCAUUCAGUGGUCCGUAUGAUAUAUUUAAGCAAUAAGGCCCGAGGGGAUAUGGUGUUUGGCCAAUUUAUUGCAGUUAAGGGCUGUUCUUAUGCACGACACAACGUGGAGUUCCUGGAUACAGCCCUUAGCCGUGGUAUAUUGGCCAUAUACCACAAACCCCCGAGGUGCCUUAUUGCUAUUAUAAACUGGUGACCAACGUAAUUAGAAGAGUAAAAAUAAAUGUUUUGUCAUACCCGUGGUAUACGGGCUGAUAUACCACGACUUUCAGACAAUCAGCAUUCAGGGCUCGAACCACCCAGUUUAUAAUUCAAAAUAAGGGCUAGGUUCUAUCAGAUCCACGCUAGCCGACAUCUGCAUAGCAGUUGUUUUGGCGGUGCCUGAGGUGGAACUGCAUUAGAACUGUCAAAUCCACAAGCGGCUCCGAGCAUUAUACCUAAAGCAGACAUCGCCAUUAGCUGCAGAGAGUCGCAUGGACAGAAAUCCCAUGCAGCGUUGUUUACAAGUUGGAACGCUGAACCGUGAGAUGUAAUCUACACCUGGAUUAGGCUGAUAGAAAUCCUCAUUAUUCAGUUGAAUGAUUUUCAAUUUGAGCAUCAUUAUUUCUACAUCCAGUUGAAGUCAGAAGUUUA